UCAUUAGUUUACAUCACUGUUCAAACAUAAUCUUUAAAAAAAAAUCCAAACUUAUUUCCUGUUUCAAUGUUUGCCGAAAUAGGUUAAACUUUUUCAUUCAAGCUGUUUCCUAGCAACGCGAUUCAACCGCAGGCCCUUCAUCUCGCCCGCUCGUGACUAUAUCGACAUAUUAUUGUUAUUCUUGAAUUAUCGACUUCUGGAAAACCGGAAGUUACAAAUAUUUGAUUCGGGAAUUACAUUUUGAGAAAUGUAGUUCGUUUUAAGGACAACAAAAAAAAAACACUUUUUGAAACGGAUAGGCGUCGAUCUCUGAGGAUACCGACAGAGAGCAUCACCUGCCCGUAGCAGCAGCAGCAGCAUCAGAUUAUUCACUUCACUUCACAUUAUCUCAGGAAGCUUUAACCACUUCAAUGUCUGUGUCAGUGCACAGACAGACAGUCACACAGAGACACUGACGGAGUGCUUGGUCACAGUGUGAACACUGUGUUACUGCUGGAGCAGGUUCAGGAUGAAGUGUUCCCUGCAAUCUUGUUUGAGGGCCAAUUUUCUCUUUUGUCUGGGACUACUCCUGCACUGCGGAGAAGCCAGAGUGCACACUGAAAUACAGGCUGGUCCUCUGUACCGUGUGGUGGGCUCUCCUCUCUCCAUCUCCUGCAAUGUGAGCGGGUUUGCCAGUGUCAGCACCCCAAAAGUAAUUGAAUUCCGUAUUAAGAAGCCUGCAAAGCCAACAUUUGAGAUCAACAUCCUCAGCAGUGGGGACCCAACUUUUGGCUAUGCCGUGUAUUCACAGCGUGUGAAGAGCAAGGAAAUUACUCUGACACAUGUGACUCCAAACUCAGUGUUAUUUGAGAUAAAGAGUCUAGAGAAAGGUGAUGAAGGGGAGUAUGACUGUACUGUAGUUAACUCAGAAUAUAUUUAUGAUGGAACCUACAGUGCUAAGACAACAGUGAAAGUGAUUGACAACUCCCUCAGCGUUUCAUCACCUGCCUCCACCUCACUGAGCUAUAAUGAGGGUGAUGCUCUCACUUCAACAUGCCAAGCCUCCAGCAACACCGUCCAGCACACCCAUCUGUCUCUUGCCUGGCUCCUCCACAGAGACGGCGAGGACAAUGCUCAGCCCAUCAUUUCUCUGAAUAGAGAUUUCACUCUGAGCCCAGGUCCGGGGUUUGAAGGGCGUUACCAAGCUGGACUGAUAAGGUUGGAUAAAAUGGGAGAGGCCGCGUACAAACUAAACAUGGCUCAGGUGGAGCUGUCAGACCAGGGCAGGAUCUACUGCCAGGCUCAGGAGUGGAUCCAGGAACCGGACCGCUCCUGGUACAGUAUCGCACAGAAGGAUGCAGAAGAAAUGACCUUGAAUGUCAAAGCCAGAGAAGUGGUGCCAGACACGUCGUCUCUGGUGGUGAGAAUCUCUGCACAAUCGGAAACUCUGCAGGAGGGGCAGGAGCUGUCGCUGUCCUGCAACGUAGACACGCAGAACCUGGGGGAGAGAUUCUUCUCUGUAGCCUGGCUCAGGGGGAGCGUUGAGUUGGCCCGCAUCGGCCCAACAGGCAUCCUGUCCUUGGGGCCUGAGUACAGCGGGCGGGGGGACGGAGGAGAGCUCAGGGCGGCCCGAAUAGGGGACAGAGAGUAUCGUCUCAUGUUGCAGCCUGUCAGAACGGACGACCAGGGAGAGUAUAAAUGUAGAGCAUGGCUUCAGGACAGAGGUCAGGGUGGGGCCUUUACACAGGGAGCAGUCCAGGACUCCAGCUCCCAGCUGAUCAGCAUCUCAGCCACAGAAAGUGGGCUCUCGGUUGAAAUGCAAAACACUUCGGCUGUUAACGAAGGUGGCCAGCUGAAGCUCACCUGUAGAGUGCAGAGUGUCAAAGGUCAGCUCUCUGUCACCUGGCAACGCAAACCAACAUCCACAUCAACAGCCGUGUUCUCCAAUGUGAUCAGUCUAAGUCAGGAGGGGGUGAUGGACACAGCGGGGGAGUUCAUGAGUCGCAAAGUACAAGCAACGCGUCCAACGCCGGACACCUUCACCUUCCAGCUUGAUGAGGUCACACCUUCUGAUUCUGGCGUCUACCAGUGUGCUGUGUCUGAAUGGAAAAUCAAUAGCAAGACCAGCAGCCAGUCUCAGACUGCCACUGUGACAGUGGCUCCCUCAGAUUCGUUUAUCAAAGUGUAUCUGAUAAGUCGCAACAGCAUAGUGACUGUGGGACAAAAUGUGGAGCUGAUGUGCCGGGUCAAAGGGCCACGCGUGCCAAUAACAGUGACCUGGAGCCUGCAACGUGAUGACUCGACCCUGGAUAACAUCCUGACACUGUACUCUGAUGGUGCCAUAAGCUGGUCUGGAAACCAGCACAGCUACCAGCUGAAAGUAGAGAACAAAAAGAAUGAGGUCAUUCACUUUCUGCUUAUCAACGGUGCGAGCCACAGGGAGGCCGGAAGCUACCAGUGCAUGGUGUCUGUCUACCUGGAGAACGUACCCAAGAAGCUGCCUCCGUCUAACCAGCUGGCUGUUUCUGUGCAGAACCCAGAGGGCAAUCUCGUUCUGACCACCACCCCCGCCAUGACAACAAGUAUUAACACCGACAUAGAAAUUAAAUGCUCAGUUACCUCCGAACCCUCUGCAUCCUCUCGCUAUGCUGUCACCUGGCUGCUCCGGCAAAAGGCAGAAAAUAAGACCAUUGCAAGCUCGGACCGGGACGCCCUAGUAACAUUCGGACCCCAGGUACUGCUGAGUCACAGACAGCGAAUCAGCAUGAAGCGCACCAAGGGCCCCAGUUUUGAGUUGAAUAUUCGUCAAGCUCAGAUCUCAGACAGCGGCUUAUAUGAAUGUGAGGUGGUGGAGUGCCUGCAAGAUCCCCAUGGUGACUGGUAUCAGCUUGAACCAGUGUCCAAAACUACAGAGGUAACCGUUAAUGAGCCUGCCAAUGACCUCAGUUUAGAUAAGAAAGAGCAGCUGUUGACUGCCAAGGAGGGAGAAGAGGUGGAGCUCAAGUGUCACAUCAUCUCAGGUGCAUCCAGUCCUUCUUUCUUCUACAAAGUUACUUGGUUCUACACUGGACAUGAUACUUCCGCCCCAAAAGACCUGGUGGAGCUUGAUCACACGGGCCUGCUGAGUUACCCAAGAAACCAGGAGCUCAGAGAUCUACAGGGCCGGCUUCGUCUCUACAGACCCGCUCAGAAAAGCUUCUAUCUGGGAAUUCAGAGGGCCCAUGAGGAUGAUAGUGGGACCUACCAGUGCCAGGUGGAGCAAUACCAGCUGGAUCAUGAAGGUCGCUGGCAGCAAAAGGCCUCAGACAGAGCUGGCCCCAUCGCACUGACUGUAAAUGUUGCAGAAAACAACCUGUCCAUCGGAAAGGGAGAAGAGAAGUUGAAUAUAUCUAGAAUCCAGAAUAUCACUAUCCCCUGUCAGAUCAUCAAUCAAUCCAGCAGUGAAUCUGAGUUCCAAGUCACAUGGUUUUGGCAGAGAGACACAGAUCAAAUCCCCAUUUUCACAGCAUACCGAAACUCCACCCUACAAGACAGGUUUGGGAAGGGCAAUGAGCAAAGAUUUCACCACCCUUUACCCAACCUGUUCAGCCUCACAGUCUCAAAGCUAAGUACUGAACACAGUGGCCUGUAUUACUGUGAGGUUGAGGAGUGGCUCCCAUCUCUGUCUCGUGGGUGGAGGAAGGUUGCAGUGGAAAAGUCGGGAUAUACGACUGUUAAUGUCUACCCAGAAGGAAAUGUUAAAGCCGUCUCUGAGCCAGAAUGCAAGGCGGAUAUCUGGAUGGGGAUUUUCAUAGUUGCCGUCAUCUGCGCACUGUUGGUUAUAUUCCUACUGGUGGUGAAGAUAUGCAGGGGCAAGGUCUCAGGGGGAAAGCAGUCGGGCCAAACUCUUUGGGCAGAGCAACCUCUGAACAUCAAAACCAGUGAAGAUAACUAAACCUCAUAAACUAGAAGAGGGGAGGAGAGGAGAAAUGCACUUAUUUUUUUUAUGUGCCGUGUAAUAUAUGCAAUGUUUUAUAAUUCAGAAAGUUGUACUGUACAUAUUUUUUAUUCAUUUUUAGUCAUUCUUGUUUAAAUGAAUCUGUUGAUAAUGUUCCAUAAAAAUACUUUCAAUGUUUAACUCUCUGUGCAGCUGGGAAUAAUUUUGCCUUUAUGAAUUAAUGAAAUUCAUUAAACCUUU